AUGUUUAUAGGAAAUGCUGCCUACCAAGGUUCGUGUAUAUACUCUCAAUCAGAUUUUUAUAUUUUGAGGUCUUCAAUGUAUAAUUGCGAAGCAAAAAAGUCUGGAACAAUAUUUAGCUCGAAUUUUCAACCAUCUAAGUUCAAUUUUACCCUUACUUGUAUUCAAGGUUGUUAUUCUACCAGUUAUUGUGCCUUGUUUCGCCAAAAUUCCGAAAAUACAACACUUAAUGGAAACAAUGCGACCAACUGCUACGCCAAAGAAAGAGUAGGCGGAUUUGGUAUUGUUGGUAGUCAAGCUAUCGUCAAAUAUUCCGUCAUUAUUGACUCCAGAGCAAAAGAACACGUAAGUUACUUAUUAUCUGAUUGCAAAUCAUCAUCUUUUUAUUAUUCAACAUUCUUUGCAAUUCAACCAUUUGCAUCUGCCCCUGGGACAAGUGUUUGUAUUGGCUUUUAUAGUCCAAAUUCUCAAUGUUCCGUAAAUCACAUGUUUUACGGGCCAUUAGCACCAACGAAUCAAGUUGCAUUCUCUUGCGGACCUGAUUGCAGCAUAUCUAUCGCAAAUCUUCAUACUACUGUUUCGCCUCAAGAAAUUACAUCUACAAACUGUUACUUCGUGAAUAAUGUUGACUUUUUAGUACCAGUCCAGCAUGCUUAUACCUUCAAAACUCAUGCUUUUAUCGGAUACACCGAAAUUGUUAAUAUAUCAAUUUAUGAAAGAAUUUUCACUACCUCUUGCGAUGUUAUGGCCAUAUUUACCAUGUUUGUCUCGGCAACACUCAUGGGUGGUUUGUUCAGCGUCAUCCUUUCAAAUCAACUGGAAAGUUUAAUCAAUUCCUUAAAGUAUAUAUUGGCUGAACCCAAAAAAUCCAAGAAGAGGAACCCAAACCCAAGAAAAAUUAGUUCAAGAAAUAUUUUAUGA